AUGGUUAACCACAACGAAAGCUCUGGGCUCUUGGCUCUCAGUCCACCCGAGCAGUUCUCCUUUCCAUUCGAACCGUAUGAAAUCCAGAGACGUUUCAUGCGCGUCUUGUUCGAGGUGAUCGAGCAUCAGAAGGUCGGCAUCUUUGAAAGCCCCACCGGAACGGGCAAAUCACUCUCCUUGAUCUGCGCUGCUCUUACUUGGCUCGAAUUGGAUCGAAGGAGGGCAACCGAAGGGACACUGGAGCAAUUAUUCGCAAAACUCAAGGCUGAAUCCCCACAGGAACCUGAUUGGAUACUCGAACAACAUGUCGAACGCAAGCGGCGUGAGUUGAUAGCCGAAGAAGAUGCACUAGAAGAGCGGCUUCAGGCCAUUCGUAACCAAGAAGCAGAAUUGAAGAGGAAACAAAAGUCUAGUCGCCAGCACCCACAUCAAUUCAAAAAGCGCAAAAUUGAAAACGCUCAUGAUGACUCCGACGAGGACUUCGCACCAGAAUCAACUAAUGAGGCAACCGAUGAAGUCGGUCCAAACGGACUUCCACGAAGUGUACAAGAAAUGCUCGACAAAUACACUGGUCCAAAGCCUCAACAUCGAGAGGUCGAAUUGGAGCCUGACUGUGUCAAGAUCUAUUUCACAUCGCGGACCCAUUCACAGUUGAAUCAGUUCAUCUCAGAAAUUCGCAAGACCACCUUUCAAGAUAAGGUCCGGGUAAUCACUCUUGGCUCUCGUGCAAACUUAUGUAUCAACCGAAGCGUACGAGACAAAGCCCAGACCUUAGAAGCAAUCAAUGAAGCAUGCAUGGACCUCCAGAAAUCAGACAAACGAUGUCCACAUCUUCCCUCUCUAGACGAACAGGACAGGAUGAACGACUUUCGUGAUCAUGCAUUGGCUCAAAUUCAUGACAUUGAAGAGUUAGCCGAAUUAGGCAGGGUACAGAACUGUUGCCCGUACUAUGGAUCCCGUAAGGCGGUGAGAAGAGCUCAGAUUGUCACCCUCCCUUACAACUUGCUUCUCCAAAACUCGUCACGCGAAGCUCUUGGCAUAUCUUUGGAAAAAAAUGUAGUGAUUGUUGAUGAGGCACAUAAUUUAAUUGAUAGUAUCCUGGGGAUUCGUGCUGUAUCAUUGUCCAAUACUUUGAUCAGCCAAAUCCACAAAGCUUUUGAUACUUACGUCAAUAAAUUCAGUCCAAAAUUGAAAGGGACGAACCUGGCCCAUCUAAAGCAUUUACUGAGAGUGUUCAAAUGCUUGCUCAACUUCUCAAAGAAUUGGUCCAAAAACGUUCCUCCGAAUAAAGUCCGGCAUGAAGAAACUGUGACGACGAAUACUCUGUUAGAGAAUUCUGGUGUUUUGGAUCAGCUGAAUGUUCUUGAGCUUGAGAAAUACCUUCACGAAAGCAAAAUUAUCAAUAAGGUGGCAGGUUAUGCCACCAAAGGCGCAGACGUGGAAAAGAAAAACCAGAGCGCGCAACAAGCUGAUUCAAAUUUCUCCCGAUCUCGCUCGACUUUGGUUACAGCAUUCUACAAGAUGCAAGCCUUCAUAUUAGCCAUGUCGAAUGCAGAUAAGGAUGGAAGAAUCCUGAUGGUCUCAGAAAGAUCCACUGCAUCCGAUCAACCUACUAUCACCAUCAAGUAUCAACUUCUUGAUGCUUCGUCAAGCUUUUCAGAUAUCGUUUCCGAAGCAAGAUCAGUAGUUUUAGCAGGUGGAACCAUGGCCCCGUUAGAUGACUUCCAUUCACAGUUGUUCCCAUUCGUCAGCCCAGAGAAAAUCUUGGAUUUUUCUUGUUCGCAUAUUGUUCCCCCAGAACAUUUGUUGGUCAGGGCUGUAUCUAAGGGGCCCAUGGGCACGAAUCUUCAGUUAAAGUUCAGCUCGAAGGACGAUCCAAAGAUGCAGAACGAUUUGGGUCAAUCCGUUGCCAAUAUUUGCAACAUCAUCAAAGAUGGAGUUAUUUGUUUUUUCCCGUCCUAUGCUUCCUUAGAUACAUUAACGGACCGAUGGAAGAAGACUGGGCUUUGGACACGUCUCGAAAAUAAAAAGAAGAUCUUUAUUGAACCGAAGAGUGCAGCGGAUGUUGAUAAGAUACUGAAUGGAUACUCGGCAGCCGUCAAUCAAUCAACAAAUCCAACCUCUGUAUCUGGUGGAGGAUUGAUGCUUGCUGUCGUCGGAGGAAAACUCUCGGAGGGUAUCAAUUUCUCCAAUAAUCUUUGUCGGGCUGUAAUUGUUAUUGGGAUCCCUUAUCCCAACUCUCAAUCGGUCGAAUUGAAGGAACGAAUCAAAUAUGUUGAGAACUUGAAAGGUGCCCAAAAAGAUGCCGGCAAAAACUUCUAUGCUAACUUGGCGUUCAAGGCAGUGGUAGAGCGAUCAGACAUUCCAAGGAUUGGCUGGGUUCAAAACUACGGAGGGCUUUGGCUCACUUAUCAAAGAUCUGGCUCAGUUUUACAAUCAACGAAGACGGGACGACUCUUGUAUGAUUGGAGCGCUUUGUGA